UUGAGUAUAAAGUCCAGCAGGUGGAAGGACCAGGCCUGGGACUCCUGGGUCCCCAGCAGUAUCUGGAGGCAUGACUGGGGCUGGAGGAGGCCUCAGGGUCUGGGGGAACCUGGUGCUGCUGGGCCUGUGCAGCUGGACAGGGACCAGGGCGACCGCCCCCAACCCAGUGAGAAACCUGACAGUGGAGGCUCAGACCACCAGCUCCAUCUCCCUGAGCUGGGAGGUCCCCGAUGACCCACAGAACUCCACCUACUGGGUUCAGUGCACUGGAGACGGUGACAGAACAGAGACACAAAACACAACAGACACCAACAUCACCGUGGAUGGACUUCAACCCGGGUCAUUGUACACGUUUUCUGUGUGGGUGGAGAAAGAUGGAGAAAAUAGCUCUGUGGAGACUGUUACUACUGCCACAGCUCCCAACCCAGUGAGAAACCUGACAGUGGAGGGUCAAACCAACAGCUCCCUCGCCCUGACCUGGGAGGCCCCCGAUGGCCCAGACCCACAGAACUCCACCUACUGGGUUGAAUACACCAGAGACGGUGGCAGAAGCGAGACUCAAAGCACAACAGGCACCAACAUCACCGUGGAUGGACUUGAACCCGGGUCUUUGUACGUGUUUUCCGUGUGGGUGGAGAAGAAUGGAAUCAACAGCUCCCGGGAGACUGGAAAUGCCACCACAGCCCCCAACCCAGUGAGAAACCUGAGAGUGGAGGCUCAGACCACCAGCUCCAUCUCCCUGAGGUGGGAGGUCCCCGAUGGCCCAGACCCACAGAACUCCACCUACUGGGUUCAGUGUACUGGAGACUGUGGUAGAACCGAGACACAAACCACAACAGACACCAACGUCACCGUGGAUGGACUUCAACCCGGGUCAUUGUACAUGUUUUCUGUGUGGGUGGAGAAAUACGGAGUAAAUAGCUCCGUGGAGACUGUCACUACUGCCACAGCUCCCAACCCAGUGAGAAACCUGACAGUGGAGGGUCAAACCAACAGCUCCCUCGCCCUGACCUGGGAGGCCCCCGAUGGCCCAGACCCACAGAACUCCACCUACUGGGUUGAAUACACCAGAGACGGUGACAGAAGCGAGACUCGAAGCACAACAGGCACCAACAUCACCGUGGAUGGACUUGAACCCGGGUCUUUGUACGUGUUUUCCGUGUGGGUGGAGAAGAAUGGAAUCAACAGCUCCCGGGAGACUGGAAAUGCCACCACAGCCCCCAACCCAGUGAGAAACCUCCAUAUGAAGACUCAGACCAACAGCUCCAUCGCCCUGAUCUGGGAAGUCCCCGAUGGCCCAGAUCUUCAGGACUACAUCUACUGGGUAGAGUACACUGGAGACGGUGGUGGAACUGAGACCCGAAACACAACAAAGGCCAAUGUGACAGCUGAGGGACUCGAACCCGCAACCUUGUACACAUUCUCUGUAUGGGCAGAAAAAAAUGGAGCACGUGGCUCCAGGCAGAAUCUCAGCAUCUCCACAGCCCCCAACCCAGUGAGAAACCUGACAGUGGAGGCUCAGACCACCAGCUCCAUCUCCCUGAGCUGGGAGGUCCCCGAUGACCCACAGAACUCCACCUACUGGGUUCAGUGCACUGGAGACGGUGACAGAACAGAGACACAAAACACAACAGACACCAACAUCACCGUGAUGGACUUCAACCUGGCCAUUGUACACACGUUUUCUGUGUGGGUGGAGAAAGAUGGAGAAAAUAGCUCUGUGGAGACUGUUACUACUGCCACAGCUCCCAACCCAGUGAGAAAUCUGACAGUGGAGGCUCAGACCACCAGCUCCAUCUCCCUGAGGUGGGAGCUCCAUCGCCCUGAUCUGGGAAGUCCCCUGGCGGCCCAGAUCUUCAGGACUCACAUCUACUGGGUAGAGUACACUGGAGACGGUGGUGAACUGAGAAAAACAACAAAGGCCAAUGUGACAGCUGAGGGACUCGAACCCGAACCUUGUACAUUCUCUCAAGUGGGCAGAAAAAAUGGAGCACGUGGCUCCAGGCAGAUCAGCAUCUCCACAGUCCCCAACGCAGUGAGAAGCCUCAGCAGGCAGGACAGGACCAACAGCUCUAUUGCGUUGCGCUGGACAGCUCCCCAGGGCCCAGGCCAGGCUUCCUACACCUACUGGGUCUCAUGGAUUGGAGAGGGCAUGACUGACCCCAGGACCCAAAACACCUCAGAUACUGAACUCAUUCUGAAGGAACUGGAAGCUGGCCUCCUGUACCACCUCACCGUCUGGGCCGAGAGGAAUGAGGUCAGAGGCUAUAACAGCACCCUCACUGCAGCCACUGCUCCCAGUGAGGUAACAGAUCUCCAGAAUAAAACUCAGACUAAGAACUCAGUCACGCUGUGGUGGAAGGCCCCUGGAGACCCCCACUUUCAGCUGUACAUAUACUGGGUCCAGUGGGCCAGCGAGGGACAUCCCCAGAGGGGGCAAUAUCCCCGAGCAAAUUGGACCAACCAGACCCGCAGGACCAAUGAGACACAGUACAAGGUGGAGGCGCUGGAACCCGGGACUCUGUACAACUUCACCGUGUGGGCAGAGAGGAAUGACGUAGCCAGUUCCAUGCAGAGCCUCCGUGCGUCCACAUACCCAGAUGCAGUCACCAUCACUUGCGUCAGCACUUCAGGAGGCUAUGGAGUCAUCUUAACCUGGUCCUGCCCCCAGGGAGGCUACGAGGCCUUUGAGUUGGAGGUGGGAGGACAGCAGCGCUCCCAGAACAGAUCUUCAUGUGGGAAGGGUGUGUCUGUGUCAGGUCUUGGGCCUGCUCAGUCCUACCCAGCCACCAUCACGACCAUCUGGGAUGGAAUGAGGGUUGCGUCUCCCUCUGUGACCUGCCACACUGAGACUGCAGGGCUGGCUGCCGGAGCCAUCGUGGGCAUCCUCCUAUUUCUCAUCCUGGUGGGCCUGCUGUUUUUCUUGAAGAGGAGGAAUAAGAAGAACCAGCAGAAACCAGAACUCAGGAUCUGGUUAAUGGGUCUUUCUCCUAGCUUCCCAGGGGACAUCCACGAAGACUUCGCUGACCACGCCAGGAAGAAUGAGAAGGACAGCAACUGGCGGUUUUGCAACUGUCCCCUGGUGGACCACAGCCAGUCUCAGAUUUGUGGCGCUAGCUCCGUGAACAAUGGCAAGAACCGCCACAGAAAUGUACUGCCCUAUGACUGGUCCCGUGCUCCGAAGCCCAUCCAUCGAGAGCCAGGCUCUGACUACAUCAAUGCCAGCUUCAUGCCCGUAAGGUCGGUUGGAUUGGAAGGGUCCCCCCGGGAGUUCAUCGCCACCCAGGGUCUCCUGCCACAGACGGUGGGUGACUUGCGCCUGGGUGUGGAACAGCAGAGCCACACCCUGGUCAUGCUGACCAACUGCAUGGAGGUGAAGUGUGAGCAUUACUGGCCUCUGGACUCGCAGCCCUGCACCCAUGGACACCUGCAGGUAACCCUGGUGGGUGAGGAAGUGAUGGAGAACUGGACGGUGCGGGAACUGCAGCUCCUCCAGGUGGAGGAACAGAAGACGCUAUCCGUGCGGAUCUUCCACUACCAGGCCUGGCCAGAUCACGGCGUUCCCUCCUCCCCAGACAUCUUGCUGGCUUUCUGGAGGAUGCUCCGGCAGUGGCUGGAUCAGACCAGAGGGGGCCCACCCACUGUACACUGCAGUGCUGGUGUGGGCCGCACAGGCACCCCCAUUGCCUUGGCGCCCUGUUCGCAGCUGCAGUCCCAGGGUCUCCUUGGGCCCUUCAGCUUUGUGAGGAAGAUGAGAGAGACGCCGUUGAUGGUGCAGACUGAGGCUCAGCACGUGUUCCUGCACCAGUGCAUCCUGCGGUUCCUCCAACAGUCAGCCCAGGCCCCAGCCAAGAAGGAAGUCAUUUAUGAGAGUGGAAAUCUCAUCUAUGAGAAUGUGGCCGCCAUCUAGGCCUACAAGUUGGAGGUUCAAGUGACGAGAGGGCUGGGUCAGCAGCCCAGGCAUCUCAAGCUCUGA